CAAAACCCCCAUCUCCAUCCGAAACAUCAAUCCAUCCCUGUCAAAACCUCCGUCAACAUCCGAGCCCAGCCCCUUUCAAAACCCUAGCCAUUUUCAAUCACGACACUACCAUAUCUUUUUUCACAGUCGGCCGCCAAACCGAAAAACCACAGUCUAGUCUCUUCGAUCGGCAACAUAUCGAUCGAUUUGUCCAGAAUACUCCAUUGGCAUCGUGCAUUGAACCACAGUGAUUUUUUGGGCAGUCAACCUUGGUUGCAGGGUUCUCGCCGAGAUAUUUUGAGAUAUGGGAGUUUGGGCAUUGCUGUGUCUUGUCUCAUUUUUCUGCCAGUUGAUAUGGAGGCCAUUCACAUUCCUUAUUGGUGGCAAAGGGAAACCAAACUACUCUCUCCCGGUCGCUCUCUUCAUUAUCAGAUUCCAUUCUUUUAAUGCUAUGCAUCGCUUAAGGAGGGCCAAAGAGUUCAAUUUCACCAUUAAAAGAGGAGUCAGUUCAGAAGACACUGUUAGUGUAAAUUAUGAUGACUUCACGAAUGAUGUGGAAGUUGGGGAUACACUAUUGGUUGAUGGUGGAAUGAUGUCAUUAGUGGUGAAGUAGAAAACAUCGGAUUUGGUCAAGUGUGAAGUAAUUGAUGGUGAAGUCCAAAACCAGUGAGUUUCGUGUUCAACUUGGAAACCAAUUCCAAAUUUCAAGUCCAACUUUCUAAAUGUUAGCAACUAAUUAUUUUGAGAAAGUAAAAGUUCACCUCAGGCCACGAAGUCUCUGGUUCGUCGUGCUCUGCUUGUUCUGGAACAUCAAAAAACUCAUCAGCCGCAUCACUCAGUUGAAGGAAUGAUCCACCCAGACUAAAAGGUUUGGUCGGUAAUCUUUGCUCCUCUCUUUCUGUUAAAUCUUCACUCAUCCCAUUUUCUGCUGAUGAUUGAACUUCCAACUUUGAUGUUCUCUUUUUCACUUUGUGGCAACACAAUCUCUCUCAUCAAUUCACCCGAUGAGAAAUCGGAGCAUGGGAAGUUUCCUAGUUUGGCCCUGAACAAUUCUCUCAACACCGCAGAAACUAAAAUGGAAAUUUUGAACUGAAACAUCAGACAUGCAAGGAAAGAUAAGUAAAAAAAAAAAAAAGGAAAAGAAAAAAAAAAAGAAACAGAGAUUCACCAGUGGAUGCAUUCGUGAAAGCUUGUUGAUUGGGCUCACCCAGCUCAACCAGAUUUCUAGUUAAAUUGGCAAAAAGUUUAUUUUAAAAACCUUUUUUCAAAACUUGAAAAAACUCGCAGAGUUGGGACUAUUUGUAAAUUUAAAACAUAUCUAAGAAUAGCAAAGGACUAUUUGUAAUACCGAACAAGAUAAUUGUUAUAUGUUGUGGUGUGGAAGGGAUAUAGUUCCUGUAAUUCUCCGCUUUGACUUCUUGACACAUUUGUUCUCUUAAACUUGCAGAUGGGGACUUUGGCAGUGACCAUUGCAGAUGGGUACCAAUGCGGCUUGGUUGAAAUGAUGUAUGGACAGAGGUUGUCGAUAGCUGUAUUGGCCAAGUUAGGAGUGGACCACAUAAAUGAUUUUUUAAUAUAUUCGGACAAUGUUCAACCUAUUGAUGUAAAUAUU